AUGAGCGGAUUAAGCAUGUACCAGACAGAUCCCCUUCCAUCCGACCAAGAAGUACCCCGCAUCUGCAGCGCGAUUAUUCUCACGGUGCAAACCGGUCACGUGUCAUUGAUACCCUGUGUUUUUGCCACGGAGUACCAGCCGGGGGACCGGGCAGUUCUCCGCGUUCAUUAA